AUGUGUGAUGGUCUAUCUUUUCAACGACAAAAACAAGUACAGAAGACCGAAAAGCAAAAUAAGAGGGCCAGUAAGAACGUAAGUAUCGAAUGAUAUGUGAGAAAGAAAAAGUUUGGCCUCAUGAUCAUAAUGAUAUAAAAACCAAGCUUAAAGUUUAUGUUAAAGUUUAAAGUCCUGUGCAUUUUUAGCUUAUAAUCUACACGUUUUGUUUGCAAUAACAGAAACAACAGCUGGUCGAAAAGGCAAUCCCAAAUAUUGCAGACGCCAUUAAAACAGUCGUGAGUCAAAGCGAAAACAAGGAUUUUAGAACAAAAUGCCUUAACCUUCUCAAGGUUCGUGUUAAAGGGUCUUUAAGCUUAUUUCUGUCUUUAAAAGCUACUAUUAAAGCUUAACUCCUCUCAAAACGUCAUCAAAGAUUUCCACAUUUUUGCAGAUCAAAGAUGAGAAAGGUUUUGACGACGUACUGACGAAAAAGUUGUGGAAGAUCGCGAGUUGCAGAUUGAAUAUCAAACCGGCCGCAGAAAGCGAAAGUCAGGUUGGAGCACUUUUUAAAUGUUUGUUUAACAGAUAACUUUUAGAUCGUCUGUUGUUCUUACAUGAAAACACUUUAUUUCACUCCUUUUUCAAAUUUAUAUUUUAUGUUUCCCAGGCCGUACCAGAGGAUGGAGCAAAAAAUAGAGGGCACCCAACGACAAUUUUCGGAAAAAUAUCUGUUCGGAAGACGAUUUGAGAUCUAGAAUUUUCGGAACAUUUGUUGUAAAAUUUCUUGCUUCCCUGCCUCUCCUAGGAUUUUCGAACAUCUAAAAAGUGAUAAAAUCGCCCAUUUUCAACGGAUUUUUACCCUAAAAAGGUCACCUAGAAUUUCGGGAGCCUUUUUUCUGGCUGAAAUUUUCGAACAGGUAAGUUUUGAUCCCUAUAAUUUUCGGAUCACUAGACUUUCAGCUAGGAAAUCCGAACAGAUAAAAAAUUAAUAGGAGAUAAAAAUAUGCCCAUAUCGACCGUUUAAAUACUAAAACACGUUUAACAAUGCUAUGUUUAAGUGGUUUUGAACUAUAUUCUCGUUGGGUGCCCCUGAAAAUAGGGAGUACUCCGAGGUAAAAGAAUUAUUUUCCGACUCCUUCACUUCAUCACGACACACAUUAUUUAACUAUUUAGUUCUCAAGUUGUUUUUAACAUUACUAGUAUUGUAACAAUAGCCUGUUUCAUAGUGUUUCAGAUAUUAGGUUGUGUCGCCAAAUCACCAAUUUUUGAAAUGGCUAUCUUUUUUUGUUCCAAGAAGCUGACAAAGCUUAGACCCUUCGGACAAAAAUUUUAAAGGUGCCGACAAAAAAAUGAAUCUCAGUUCUCAAAGGGUGCCGAAAAAAAAUUUGAGGGUUCGGAUUCCAGUCAUCUUUGUUUUUUCUUUGUUUUUUUUUUUGGGGGGGGGGGGGGGGGAUAAUAAAUGGAACGUUUCCUUGCAGGCUAUCAUUAUAUGUAUACUAAGUAGUUUUUCAAUUAAUUUUCGUAUCUUUAAAGCUUCCAAUAAAGAAAAAUGCAGUAGACGAAGAAAGUGGAGAGGACUACUUUGAUGAUCUAGCUGGAGAUAUAACAUUUUAUAACAGUGAUAACUGUAUAAUGAUUGGCCGCCAGGCAAAUGAAACUACGGAUGCUUCAUCAGAGCCGGACUCAUCUUUUGAACUACUUGCUGAAUUGUACUGGGAUUCAGAUCAUUUAUCCGACGAAAUGCUCCCAGGAAUUGCCCAAAAUUCUCCAAAUAACUAUUUACAAGGCCAUUCAGGAGCUUGUGACAAGGCACUGUGUGUGUCCGCAUCGCAAGAAAAAUCAUAUGAAUGCACUGUAGAUCCUGCACAGGAAACACAGUGCCCUCAGCAGCAAAGUACAGAAAAAUGUUCUCUUAUAAAGGAAGUGACAGAUCUUACCAGUCCUAAAGCUAAGCUACGAUGUUGUAAAGAUGCAUCAGAACCAACUGAGGCAACUACAGGAUCAAAUGACUGGCUACAAGAGUUUAGCCAGGACUGUUACUGGGUUGCACACAAAAAUAUACCGGAGCAACAGGAAGCAAAACAAUCCACAACAACAGAAAAUGCAACAUUUAGAGCCUGCUCAGAAGCAUCUCUUUCAUUUGUCAGUUUAUCACAAACUGCGCAAAGUGCAGAUGACUUUGAUGCCCUGGCUGAAUUCUCAGUUGGCUAG